CCCGGCCUCCCGCCCUCCCUCCUUCCCGCUCCCCACUCCGCCUCGCCCGUCCCGUGCCCGCAGCCUUCCAGUCUCCGGGCCCUCUCGCCCUCCCCGCCAGCGACCAAAGACUCAACCGCCUGACCCAGCCGGGCGCCUCUUCUCCUUCUUUCGUCCCCCCACUCCGGCCCCAAGCUGUUCGCCAUGGACACCGGUGUGAUUGAAGGUGGAUUAAAUGUCACACUCACCAUCCGGCUCCUGAUGCACGGCAAGGAAGUCGGGAGCAUCAUCGGGAAGAAAGGAGAGUCUGUCAAGAAGAUGCGUGAGGAGAGCGGGGCAAGGAUCAAUAUCUCCGAAGGGAAUUGCCCCGAGAGGAUCAUCACCUUGGCCGGACCCACCAACGCCAUCUUUAAAGCCUUUGCGAUGAUCAUUGACAAACUGGAAGAGGACAUCAGCAGCUCCAUGACCAAUAGUACGGCCGCCAGUCGACCCCCGGUCACUCUGCGGCUCGUGGUCCCGGCCAGCCAGUGCGGCUCUCUCAUCGGGAAAGGAGGAUGCAAGAUCAAAGAAAUCCGAGAGAGCACGGGGGCUCAGGUCCAGGUGGCGGGUGAUAUGCUGCCCAACUCGACCGAGCGGGCCAUCACCAUCGCCGGGAUCCCGCAAUCUAUCAUCGAGUGCGUCAAACAGAUCUGCGUGGUCAUGUUGGAGUCUCCCCCGAAGGGCGUGACCAUCCCGUACCGGCCCAAGCCGUCCAGCUCCCCGGUCAUCUUUGCCGGCGGUCAGGACAGGUACAGCACAGGCAGCGACAGUGCCAGCUUCCCCCACACCACCCCGUCCAUGUGCCUCAACCCUGACCUGGAGGGACCACCUCUCGAGGCCUAUACCAUUCAAGGACAGUAUGCCAUUCCACAGCCAGAUUUGACCAAGCUACAUCAGUUGGCAAUGCAGCAGUCUCACUUCCCCAUGACGCACGGCAACACCGGUUUAACAGGCAUUGAAUCCAGCUCUCCAGAGGUGAAAGGCUAUUGGGCAGGUUUGGAUGCAUCCGCUCAGACUACUUCUCAUGAACUCACCAUUCCAAACGACGUAAUUAAUUGGACAUGCAUAAAUCGGCGUCAAGGCCCAAGAUCCAAUGAGAUUCCGCAGAUGUCUGGGCGCAGAUCAAAAUUGCCAACCCGGUGAAAGGGCUCGACUGACAGGCAGGUGACCCAUCGGGGGACCGGGGCCGUGGGUUCUCAACGCCGUGUCCUUCUGUGUUGCAGGCUUUCUUCCGAGACGGGCGGCAUGGGCAGCAGCUAGAACAAUGCAGACGCACCCAUAAACCCCCUUCUGCUGUUCACCACCCAUGAUCCAUCUGUGUAGUUUCUGAACAGUCAGCAAUUCCAGGUUUUAACUAGUUUGUAAAUUUUCAGUUUCUUACACACUCUAUCCUCCACUCGUGAUUUUUUUUUUUUUUUUUUUAAUUGAGGCGUUUUAAUUCCUUUCUCUGUUCGGCCGUACGGGGCCGAAAAUUCAUAUUUAGUUUUAUAAGCUUCUCCCUGUUUUUUGUUUUUUUUUUUUUGUUUUUUUUUUUUGUUUUUUUUUUUUUUUUUUUUUUUUUUUGCUCAUGAAGUUCUUCUGUUUGUCAUUGAAAUGUAAGAGUGGAAUAUUAAUACAUUUCAGUUUAGUUCUGUAAUGUCAGGAAUUUUUCAAAAAAAAAAUUAAAAGAUGGACUGGAGCUUUUUCCUUGUGAAUAGAAACUGGAUGCCA